UUAACGCAGCGUCGCUGCCCGGUGUCCUCUUUAGACCACAACAAACAGCAGAGUGAUUGAGAGGGAAGCGCAGAGUGAAGAAACCCAUUUGAACCUGCUUGUCCUCCGCGGUCAGUGUCAGCAUCUCUCUCUCUCCUUCCAUCCAGCACAGGGCGUUCAGGCAUGUCUCUGUCCGGCUCACAGACACCAGAGGACGGACUCUACGGCUCCUGGGUGGAGCUGGAGGAGCUGAUCGCAGCCGUGAGCCGCAGGGAGAGUCUGACAGGGCCGCAGGACAGCAUCUCCACCGCCCUGCAGGGGGAGCUGGAGAGGAUCCUUCUGGAGGCACAGCUGGAGUGUGAGAGGAGUAGAGACAGUCCUCCUCAAGCUGUGACUCCACAGUCGACUGGUUCCCCCAGAGCAACGAGUGAGCAUGACAGCGACUACGCCCCCAUACAGGAGGAAGUUGAGCGGCGAGGAGAUACUGACUGGGUGUGGGAUUGGUCCAGUAGGCCUGAAAAUAUGCCACCAAAAGAGUUUGUGUUUCAGCACCCAAAGCAGCAGAGCUCCCUCAGCGUUAGGAAGUCAGAGGUGCUGAAGAGAGGCCUCUUCUCCUCCGAUGUUCUCCUCUUACUCGGCCCCUCACUGCUGGCCUCACACCUCCUCACACUUGGAGUCGGGAUCUACAUAGGAAAGCGAUUGGCGGCUUCAACAACCAGCACGCUGUGACCUCUGCUGAAGCCCAUCCCACCCACUCGCUCACAGUCUGGCCAAUAAGGUCAUGGUCCGCCCUCUCCACUGCAAUUAUUUGCCUCCUUCCCUCUUCGUCAACGGGGCAAUCUUAGAUCCCGCCUGUCUGUCCUUCUGUCUCCGUGUUCAUCUGUCUUUCUGUCAGUCUGUGCGUGUCGUAGGGCCCGGGGAGCGGAUGGAUGCCGACCAAUGAGUCAGACUGAGGUCACUUUUACUCUCCCGGAGAGUAACACUGAUCUCAACCAUCUAAAGUGAAAUCAGAGAGGAGAGAUUGCCCAGAUACAAGAGAAAGGAGAGAAAGAGAGUUUCAUCCAGAUAGAACAAUAAAUCCUUUUGAUAGGAGGAGAUAAAAACGGUUCGUCGGGAACAGUGUGUUCGGCAAAAUGAAAAAGAUAAUUUGUGUUAGCCUUUUCGCCCCAACCUUUGAAAAAGCAAAAUGUCUGUCAUUUGUCAAAAGUAAUGACCCUCUGUGUGACUGAGCUGCUAAAAGUGGUACUCAGGGUUUUGUUCUGCCCUGAUGGUGAAUCUAAUGUAGAGUUUUAGUCGGCUGAGUGAAUGUAGGAACGGCUCUGGUUGUGCUUUUUGUCCCAUAAACCGAUUAAAUAUUUGACCUCCGACAAAGACAAUCAUGAUCCCAUUAAACUUCAC